AUGGCGGCAAGGCGAGGGCCCGCAGUUGCUGAUGGGUUCCAACGGCAGAAUUGCUCGCGGUUCAAACCAGCUGGAUCGAAACCCCAGUUCAAAAUGCAGUUCCAGACUCCAUUCACAGCUCCCUCAACACUGCGCGGGUUCAGGCUACGAGUCUCGACAGCUCUGCUGGAUCCACGUACUAAUGUUGAAUCAGUCAAAAGGAUAGACGUCUCUAUCAAAGUCCAUUGCUUUGUUUUGGAUGUCAGCCAGACUGCUACUGAGGCCACUCACAGCUGCUCUUCCACCCAUCCUGUCACCCAUAUAAUCGCGCACUAUUCCGCUCCCAAGCAUUAUCUAGUAGUGGUCACCGUAGGUGAUGUUGUCACCUUAACCUCAGCAAGCAACUCACAACUAUGGAGAUGCAAAAACGUAGCCUACUCUCUUCUCAACCAGCACAUGACGGCGCUCUACAAAAUGCUAGUCAUCCAUAGUCCCAAAGCAAACAAAGCCAUUACUGUCAAGCACGCCAUUUUGCGGAGAAUAAUAAAGAUAACGCUGCAACAUACUAAUGUUUCUUUCAAGCCCAUAGAGCCAUUUGCGCAUAUCAUGUGA